AUGGCUGGAGGUGGACACGGUGGUUUCGAGCCCGUCAAGAUCGACCCGGCUAUCGAGCGAUGGAACCACAUGCGAGAAAACGUAUACAGGACCUUCAAGUUCACCCCGAAGACGGCUCGUCAGGUUACGCUCUGGGGAGCCUUGGUCCCCGCGUUGGUCGGUUUGGGAGCUUGGGCUGCGAAUGGUCAGUUGGACUGGGCGGGUAAGCAGAGGGGACAGAGUUUGUACGCCUCGGCACCCGGACCUCAGCAGAAGGAAGUACAAGAAGAGUGA